GAGCGGCCGCCCCACUCUGCCCCCGGCCCCGCUGCCUGGCUGGGGCGCUAUAAGAGGCGGCGGCGGCUGCAGCCGGGCUGCGGGCGGGGAGCUGCAUCGCGGCGCUGGGCUCCUGCGCGGCCGGGGACGAUCCAUCAACAUGUCUGUGUCACACAGUUCCAAGCUGAACAAGGUGGUCAGGGACCAGUACAUGAGGCUUCCCCAGGGGGGCAAGGUCCUGGUGACUUACGUGUGGAUUGACGGGAGUGGAGAAGGAGUCCGCUGUAAAACUCGAACCAUGGACCAGGAACCAAAGUGCAUAGAAGAUGUCCCAGAAUGGAAUUUCGAUGGAUCCAGUACAGACCAAGCUGAAGGCUCCAACAGCGAUAUGUUCCUGAUACCAGUCAGGAUGUUCAGAGACCCCUUCUGUCUGGACCCUAACAAGCUAGUGUUGUGUGAAGUCCUGAAGUACAACAGAAAACAUGCAGAAACUAACUUGAGGAACACAUGUAAAAAAGUCAUGGACUUGGUUAAGGACAGCCACCCGUGGUUUGGAAUGGAGCAGGAGUACACGCUGCUGGGCAUCAAUGGACACCCGUACGGCUGGCCUGAUAAUGGGUUCCCAGGUCCACAAGGGCCUUAUUACUGUGGGGUUGGAGCAGACAAGGUGUACGGGCGAGAUAUUGUCGAGUCCCACUACAAGGCGUGCAUCUAUGCCGGGGUGAAGAUAUGUGGCACCAACGCUGAGGUCAUGCCCUCCCAGUGGGAAUUCCAGGUCGGGCCUUGUGAAGGCAUCGAGAUGGGAGAUCACCUGUGGAUGGCAAGGUUCAUCUUGCACCGCGUCUGUGAAGACUUUGGGGUCGUGGCCACAUUGGACCCCAAACCGAUGACUGGCAACUGGAACGGAGCUGGGUGCCACACCAAUUACAGCACAGAAGACAUGAGGAAGGAGGGCGGUCUCAAAUGUAUUGAAGCUGCCAUUGAGAAGCUAAGCAAGCGACACGACUACCACAUCUGUGUGUACGACCCCAGAGGGGGCAGGGACAACUCCAGGCGACUGACCGGGCACCACGAGACUUCAAGCAUCUUUGAGUUCUCUGCUGGCGUGGCCAACCGAGGGGCCAGCAUCCGUAUCCCCCGCCAAGUCGGCCAGGACGGCUGUGGCUACUUCGAGGACCGCCGGCCUGCAGCCAACUGCGACCCAUAUGCUGUCACAGAGGCCAUUGUGAGGACGACGUGUCUUAACGAGACAGGGAUGCAAACGAUAGACUAUGCAGACAAAUGAGGCCUUGAAGAGGGU